AAUGUGUAUUGUAUGAAUUUUAGAGAAGUGAUCGAUUGUCGUUUGAUGUCGGUUUUCAUUUUUCAAGCAGCGAUUUACGUUAUCUUCCCGUCAAAAUGUUCACGAGAGCCUGUCUGUCCAAAUACAAACCUCAAAUCCUAAGGUCAACACAAGUAUAAUUUCUUAUUACAGAUGAGAUUUUUAGAUUAUUUAAAUUAUAAUAGGUUGUUUAUUAUAACAUAUCUGCCAUGUGACGUAAAUCGGGAGAGCUGUCAAACCAUUGUUUAAAAGGUCAUUAAGGUUUAAAUCCUCUGUGAUCUGAUCGGCUCACAGUCUGGCUGUUAAGUUUUCAGGUAUCUGCUUUACUUGUAGUAGCUUUAGCCUGAACCAGACAGUAGAUGUUGUUGGAAAAUGCCUGAUUUAAAUAGCCGGCCUCAUUCUUUUGUAUCCGCAGUAACUGCAUUCGCAUUUCUUGUAUCUUCGUCGGGUCUUCUGUACAAACCAGUGAUCAUCACAAGAAUGGGGAACUUCACAUCUUCUGCUCCUGGGUUGUCAAGCUCGGCCUGUAAUCAGUUUGUUCAGGAUGUCGUCUCGAAGAACUGUGUUGUGAUAUUCUCCAAGACCACAUGUCCUUACUGUAAGGUUGCCAAGAAUGUAUUUAAUGAGAUCGGUGCUUCAUAUAAAGUCAUUGAACUGGAUGAACACAAUGAUGGUCGACGUCUUCAGGAGACUUUGGCGCAAAUGACAGGUGCCAGAACCGUGCCAAGGGUCUUUGUCAAUGGGCAGUGCAUUGGAGGGGGAACAGAUACAAAACAGCUUCAUCAGCAAGGGAGACUCCUGCCACUCAUUGAAAAGUGCUGUGAAGGCUCGGAAAAUUGCCAACCUCUGUCAAAUCCGUAAUUAUGUUUUUGGCAUGGUUACACAAGUUUUGUUGAAAUGUACUGUAUUAUUGCUAUCGUACAAAUAUCAUCUGCCUAACUCUUCUGGUUAAGUACAUACUUGAGUAUGUAUAUAUUAUUGUUUUUGUUUUGUUAUAAAUGUCCCACACUAAAAUACACUCCUGCUGUUUGUUCUGCUGUAAAAGCUAAACUUCAAUUUUGCUUCAAAAGAAACGUUUGGUAGCCUACAGUAUUUUAGCUUAUUUGGACGUUUUUAACAGGAGCUGCAUAGUUCUACCUCACCACCCUUUUGUGUACAGAAACAUUUUAAUUCAAGUAUUAAAAUCUUUAAAAAAAGAAA